GAUAUAACGUCAAAAUUACGUAACUACCCCUCUCUAUUCCGAUUUGUUCAAAAAACAACCUUUGUGUUUCACCCAACGUGGUUACGACAAAAAUCAUUGUAUAUCGUAUCGUAUCAUCACAAAUGUCGAUGUCAGUGGAACAUACUGAUCAAAGAGCUGAGGCAAUUCCCUGCUCCACAGCUACACCAAAUUGGACAGUUCAUGUUUCAGAUAUAAGAACGGUUAAGGUGAGUAACAUAUCACAGAUUACUUCAAAAAAGGACAUUGAAGAAUUCUUUUCAUUCUCAGGUGAUAUUCAAUAUAUUGAGAUGCAAAGGGAAUUUGAUCGCACUCAAGUCGCUUAUGUUACCUUUAAGGAUUCACAGGGAGCAGAGACAGCAGUUCUCUUGACAGGUUCUAAGAUAGCUGACCUAUAUGUCACCAUCUCACCUGUGGAGAAGUACCAGCUUCCUCCAGAAGCUAUUCCCUCAAGACCAACAAACCAAAGUGGUGCUGUUGUUCAGAAGGCUGAAGAUGUAAUAAGCACAAUGCUUGCCAAGGGUUUCAUUUUAGGAAAGGAUGCAAUCAACAAGACAAAAUCGUUUGACGAGCGUCUUCAAUUGAGCUCAAAUGCUUCUUCCACAGUUGCUUCUAUUGAUCAUAAAUUAGGUUUAAGCGAUAAACUUAGUAUUGGAUCGACCAUUGUCAAUGAAAAAGUGAAAGAGAUGGAUGAAAGGUAUCAGCUUUCUGGAAUGACAAAGUCUGCUAUUGCGGUUGCCGAGCAAAAGGCAAGUAGUGCUGGAUCUGCUAUCAUGAGCAAUUCUUACGUCUUAACCGGAGCUUCAUGGGUUUCGAGUGCGUUUAGCGCUAUUGCAAAGGCAGCCGGGGAUGUCAGCACGAUGACCAUGGAGAAGGUUGAACAAGCUGAGGUGGAAAAAAAGGAGAUCAUUUACAGUGAACGAAAAGGGACGGUCGAUGAAUAUGCUCAGAUACACUUCGAGGACUCUUUGAACGGCGGCCCGGCAGUAGUUCCUGUUAAUACAGACAAUGACAGUAAAGCUAGUAAUUUUCUAACAUGAACUGACUCACAAUCCCUAACAUCCUUAAAAGCACAGCUGGAUUGAUCUUGUUGGCAUAGUUGUUUUCAGUCUUCAGUUGCUGCAAAUUUGUUGUCCAUGAAAAGUUAUUUGGAUUGUUAUAGUGAUGUAAAGGUUUGUCUUACAGACAUGAUUCAUAAACAUGAUCAUCAUUCAUGUAUAAAUAUUCUUUAUUAUUUUCUAUCAACAUAUACUUUUUGAGUUUUAUGUUAACUUCU